AUCGAAUUUUUACAAGAAUGAGAUGCGAAAACGGUGUAAUAGCUGACGCAACCGAUGUGAGAGGAGUUUGCUCUGAUCUCAAACAUAUAUUUACGUUGACAGUUCCAAAAAACGCAACGACUGUGAAUUGUGUAAGAGGAUUGAUUGAUGAUGAAGAUCUUCAAUCCGAAGAAUUUGAAUCAGAUGAAGAUCUUCAAUCGGAAGAAUUUGAAUCAGAGUUAAGAAAAUGUGAAGAAAUUAGUAAGCUUGAUGAAAAAGAUUAA